CACACGGACCACACCCCACACAUCGAUUCUCUCAUUGUUUCUCCGGUUUUAGCGAAUUUGGGAAUUAGGGUUUUCUCUGAAGUUCUUCUUUCGACAAAAAAAAAACCGAAGAUGAUCGAGGUGGUGUUGAACGAUCGUCUGGGCAAGAAGGUGCGCGUGAAGUGCAACGACGACGACACCAUCGGAGACCUCAAGAAGCUGGUGGCGGCGCAAACCGGAACCCGAGCCGACAAGAUCCGUAUCCAGAAGUGGUACACGGUCUACAAGGAUCAUAUCACCCUCAAGGAUUACGAGAUUCAUGAUGGUAUGGGCCUCGAACUUUACUACAAUUAAAAGA